UUUAUAUUCGUAAUUGUUUUUAGGUUUUUAGGUUAGUUUUCUUUUGUUUAAUUUUUAGUUAUUUUUUUAGAGUACAAAAGAAAAAAAAAUAGAAAGGAAAACCUAGAGACAAAAGAUAACAGAAUAAAGGGCAACAUACCUCAAGGAGGAUAUUCUUCUAUCCACAUAGUCGAAUAACCAAGUCUUCCACAUGGUGGCUAACGUAUGAGUGACAUAAUUACUCUUGUGAUCGAGUUAUAGAAAAUCAAGAAUAGAACCACAAUAUGAAGAUUAUGAAUAGCCGAUAAAAGUAUGAUUCUCAUGGUGAAUAUGGUUUGUCUGAUCAAAAGCUUCCAAAGAAUUGGAAAUCUGUUUCAACACAUAGUGGAGUGGUACCGACCCGACGACAUGAAACAAAUCAAGAACCUUAGUUAAAUAGAGUAGAAUUCGACAUGAAAAAAUGUCUCUUCAAAGCAAAUUAGACAUCACCAUUGGAGUCAUGAACAAUGAUUUUGAUGUCAAUAACACCAUUUAAGAAAGUCGUACUGGACUGUCUAGCGAGAGACCUCCUCAGCAAUCGAAAAAGGAUUUUACUACUAGUUCGAGACUUGACAAUUCAUAGUUUGGACACCGUAUUGUUUGUCAAUAAAUAGAAUGAUAUGAUGAUUAUCUUACUAGAAUAGGAAGAGUUGGAAAAAGAAUCGUUAUUUUUCUUUUUAAAAAAUUACGACGUAGAAUAAUUCUUUUUCCUUUAUAUUUUAGAGAGCAGAUUUCCCACUUUAAAUGAAAUCAUUCAUUUAUAUUUAUAUUUCAUCAUAAUUACCAUAAAACUUGAGUGAAAUGUCAAAUUUAUCCUGUUAGAUUGUCCACUACUCAACCGCCAUCAUUAAAUGAUAGCUUCCAAAGAAAAUUUGAUUGGGUUAUCCUGGCAACGAAGCUGAUAGAUUAGUCAUUUUUCAUUCAGAACUGGUAUCUCCCAGCAGGAUGAGGCACAGUUGCUGCAUUGCCAAGCGAUUUCUUCAUACUUUUUUAUGUUAUAUCUUUCUGAUGUCCAGGAACUCAGCUUUCAGGAACAUGUCCACUUUUGGAAACGAAUCAGAUCGUUUGGUUUUACUUGAUUUGAAAAGGAGGGUACUCGAUGACCCACUCAAAAUCAUGAGCUCUUGGAAUGAUUCCAUCCAUUUUUGUGAUUGGGUUGGUGUUACUUGUAGUCCCACCAUUAGAAAAGUAAUGGUGUUGAACUUGGAAGCUCGACAACUGACUGGUUCAAUACCAUCUUCUUUGGGAAAUCUUACUCAUCUCACUGAAAUCAGAUUGGGCAACAACAACUUCCUUGGCGCAAUUCCCCAAGAGCUUGGUAAAUUAUUACUUCUACACCAUCUCAAUUUAUCAUUCAAUAACUUUGAUGGUGAGAUUGCAAGUAAUAUAAGUCAUUGUACUGAGCUUCUUGUUUUGGAGCUGAGUCGUAAUGAGUUUGUUGGUCAGAUUCCACAUCAAUUUUUCACGUUAAGCAAAUUGGAAAGAAUUGGGUUUGGCGGUAACAAUCUGGUCGGAACCAUCCCACCAUGGAUAGGAAAUUUUUCUUCACUAUUUAGUUUGUCAUUUGCACUGAACAGUUUUCAAGGAAGUAUUCCUAGUGAACUAGGACGCUUAUCUAGAUUGAAACUCUUCUCAGUUUAUGGAAACUACUUGACAGGUACAGUGCCGCCAUCGAUCUAUAAUAUAACUUCUCUUACUUACUUUUCUCUGACUCAAAAUCGACUCCGAGGAACUCUACCACCAGAUGUUGGAUUUACUCUCCCCAAUCUUCAGGUCUUUGCUGGUGGUGCCAAUAAUUUUGGAGGGCCUAUUCCGACAUCCUUGGCUAAUAUCUCCGGUCUACAGGUUUUAGAUUUUGCUGAGAACAGUCUCAUUGGAACUCUUCCUCAUGACUUGGGGAAUUUAAAAGAAUUGGUGAGAUUCAAUUUUGAUGAUAACAGACUUGGAAGUGGGAAGGUCGAUGACUUAAAUGUAAUCAGGUCUUUGACUAAUUGUACUAGUCUAAGCGUUUUGGGUCUUUCUGGGAAUCGCUUUGGGGGAACAUUGCCUCUAUCUAUUAGCAACCUUUCAAACCAGCUGACAAUAUUAACCUUGGGUAGAAAUUUGUUAAGUGGAGGCAUUCCUGUAGGGAUUGAUAACUUGAUUAACUUACAACUUCUUGGAGUAGAAGGUAACAAUCUGAAUGGUAGUGUCCCUUCAAAUAUUGGGAAGUUUCAUAGGUUGGCUGCUCUUUAUGUGAAUAAUAACAAGUUAAGUGGGACAAUUCCAUCCUCCAUUGGUAACUUAUCUUUAUUGACCAAGCUUUUCAUGGAGGAUAAUAGACUAGAGGGAAGUAUACCACCAAGCUUGGGACAAUGCAAAAGGCUCCAAGUUCUUGACCUAUCUGGUAACAACCUAAGCGGGACCAUACCAAAGGAAGUUCUCAGUCUCUCUUCCCUUUCAAUCUAUUUGGCCUUAAAUCACAACGCACUUACUGGACCAUUGCCACGUGAAGUGGGAGAUUUAGUUAGUUUAACACUGUUAGAUGUAUCACAAAAUAAAUUAUCAGGCGGUAUUCCUAGCAACCUUGGUAAAUGCAUUAGCAUGGUACACUUGUACUUAGGAGGCAACCAAUUUGAAGGAACAAUUCCCGAGUCUUUGAAAGAUUUGAAAGGUCUAGAAGAACUAAAUCUCUACAGUAACAACUUGUUUGGACCAAUUCCUCAAUUUCUUGGCAACCUUUUUUCACUCAAAUUUCUUGAUCUAUCCUAUAAUAAUUUCAAGGGAAAAGUGGCCAAAGAAGGAAUCUUUUCCAAUUCAACCAUGUUUUCCAUCCUUGGAAACAACAAUCUAUGUGAUGGUUUGGAGGAAUUACAUCUACCUUCGUGCACAUCUAACAGAACACGUUUGUCCAACAAGCUCCUCACACCGAAAGUGUUAAUUCCGGUAGUAUCUACCCUCACAUUCCUAGUUAUUUCUUUGAGCAUCCUAUCUGUAUUUUUUAUGAUGAAGAAGUCAAGGAAAAAUGUUUUAACUUCUGCUGGCUCUUUGGAUUUACUGUCACAAAUUUCUUACUUAGAGUUGAAUAGAUCGACAAAUGGGUUUUCAGUAGAAAAUUUGAUUGGUUCAGGUAGUUUUGGUUCGGUGUAUAAAGGUAUUCUUUUGAAUAAUAAACCAGUUGUUGCUGUUAAGGUUAUUAACCUUCAACAACAUGGUGCUUCCAAGAGCUUUGUUGAUGAAUGCUCAACACUCACAAACAUACGACAUCGAAAUCUCCUUAAGAUCAUAACUUCAUGCUCAAGUACAGAUGAAGAAGGUAAUGAGUUCAAAGCUAUAGUAUUUGAUUUCAUGUCCAACGGAAACCUGGAUAGUUGGCUUCACCCUACACAUGUCGAGAAGAACAAAAGAAAAUUGAGCUUUAUCCAAAGAUUGGAUAUUGCUAUUGAUGUUGCCAAUGCAUUAGAUUACCUCCAUAAUCAUUGUGAAACUCCCAUCGUUCAUUGCGAUCUAAAGCCUAGCAAUGUGUUGUUGGAUGAUGAUAUGGUAGCCCAUGUUGGGGACUUCGGGUUAGCUAGAUUCAUCCUUGAAGGAUCAAAUCAUUCUGUUUCUAGACAAACUAUGUCGAUUGCGCUCAAGGGUUCUAUUGGAUAUAUUCCUCCAGAGUAUGGAACUGGUGGCAACAUUUCCAUCGAAGGGGAUAUCUUCAGCUAUGGAAUUCUACUAUUGGAGAUGUUUACUGGGAAAAGACCCACUGACAGCUUGUUUAGCGAUGGUGUGGAUAUUCAUCUAUUCACAGCAAUGGCAUUGCCUCAUGGUGUCUUGGACAUAGUUGAUCAUUCUUUGCUAUCUGAAGAGACAUGCCAACAGGAAGCAGAGAAUGAAAAAAAAAUACAAACCAUAGCAAUAAUGAGUGAGGAAGAUCAGAGCGGAGUUGGGCAAAGAAGGAUGGAAGAAUAUUUAGUCUCAAUAAUGAGAAUCGGCCUGUCAUGCUCCUCAACAACACCUAGAGAGAGGAUGCCCAUGAAUGUAGUUGUUAAAAAGUUGCAAACAAUUAAAUGCUCCUACCACGAGUAGAAGAAGGGAAGAUAACGUUGUCCAACAAAAAUUUCAACAACUUACAGGUAUUGCCUAACCAUUUUGGUUACAUCUUGACGCAUCAAAGUGCGAAUAAAUCUUGGAGGAAUUAAAGUAAAGUAUGUUGUUUCAUCUAAAAAAAAUCAGUUUGUUCAAGUGAUGAGGUAUGAAGAAACAUUACUCUGUCUAACUAAAGAAUAAAAAGUACUGCUUGUUUGAGUUGUAUAAAACAAAAAAGAAAUCUUCAUAACAUCUUUAUGUUAAUAUCCUGAAAUAUUGCAGUAAUAACACAUUGUGCUGGGUUGGAAUUAAUUUGAGAUAUAUGUAUAGUUCUUAUUGAUGUUUUA